AUGGCUUCUUUACUUCUCCGUUCCGCCAGCCUCAGCAGUCAUAUAGACAGCGACGUCUGGGACAUGAUCUUUCCUGACGCAAAGACCAAGAAGCACCAAAACGAGGCCGGAGAAACCGCCCAGUCCACCGAAGGCAUCACCGCCAAAGACAUUGACAUCCGAAACUGGCCCUUCGCAGACCGCAAGAAGCUCGAAUCCAAGUACGACCAAAUCAAGAUUGUAGUCGACUCCGAGCUCGUCACGACGAUGCCGAAGCCAUUGUUCCGCGCGACUUCGACAAAGACCAGCGAACUCACCUUAAAUGGUACCUUCAUACUACCCGAAACUACUGACGCCGACGCGACAUGUGGACUAAUCGAAUACCUCGAGGACGUCAUCUCAAACCCUGCUAAGCCCUCGCCAUUCAUCCUCCAUCUACCCAUGACAAUAUCUCUGGACGUAUGUACCGCGGCCUCGGCGCUAGGGAUGGACAAGUACGUCGACAACCUAUACAAAGAGUGCGAAGACCUCCUACGAACAUGUAUACCCUCUUACGCAACCAUCUCCGUCAUCACGACCUUCAGGACGCACACAAGAUAUUUUUCCCGCCUCUUCCGCAUCCUCGUAACCAACCUCGCCAUCGGCCUUUCGAAUAACACGAUACCCGAUGAAGUAGGCUUGGAGGCGUAUUGCAUGAGGAACCCCAUUCUGGACAAGGCAAUCAAGAGAUCACAUAAGAGGUACGGUAGUUUGGAGUGCAGAAGGAUAUAUUGGGAGCGCAAGAAUGGGAAGUGGGAGUGGGCUGUUUGCAAGGAGAUGGCGGAGGCUCAGGCGAGGAUUGAUUGGGAUAGCUUGUAUGAUGGGCCUGCUAGGGAUAGAACGUAG